AUGGAGAGCGAGUCGAGCGCAAAUGCGUCCAGUCCAACGCAUAACCAGACGCAGCGUGGACCGAGUGGCGACGUCCCAAAGCUAAACGAUAUCAAGGGUGAUAUACGUGCUCUUGAAGCUACCCUGGAUCUGGUCAAAAACAUCGAUAUGCUAUCCAUCGCAUCUCUGCAGUCGCAUUCAUUCGCCGACGGGAGGAACACGAUCAUGUCCAUUGACACUUCUUUGGACCGCCUGGACGAACUGGAGGCGUCCGCACGAAGGUUGAGGAAUGAGAUUUGCAGCCGUCGCAUGCAGAUUGUUGUCGCUACUCCUGCAGACUCCCUCAACACCCCCAAAUCCGUGCCCAUCCUAAGGCUCCCAUCCGAGAUCCUGUGUCGAAUCAUAGAUAUAGUGGCGUCACUAUACCAGACCUCCCCGUCCGAGCUAGGGUGGAUUAAGACAAGCCACGUGUGCUCUGCAUGGCGCCAGGCAAUCAUCUCUUGCUCUUUCCUCUGGGCCCGGGAAGUUGGCGCCUUCCACAGCCCCCACAGCCUACGCACGAUCUUGAGGCGGGCUAGGGGUGCUCCAUUGACAGUCACCAAUCUACCGCCCCUCCUUUCUGAUUCCCGCGGAUGUCCAGAUCAGCCUCUGAAUGAUGUCUAUCUAGAGCUCCUGCCUCAAGUCCGGUACCUCGACCUAAUACUAACAUCCGGAGAUAUUGUGUCCGUCGUCCGAGCCCUUUCCAAGAGGAGUCUGCCGAUGUUGGAACAAAUUAACUUGGAACUGGCAGACUUGUCUCGCCCUCUUGUACUUGUACAAGAGUUAAGAGAUCUCGUUACCAGCAUCGGGUCCAUCAUGUGCCCAAAUUUGCGAGAUAUGUCAUUCGUCGACUUUGCCUUCAUACCAUUUUCGAGCGAGCAUUUAGUCAAGCUGUCAAUACGCGGAUAUGAUAACGAUGGGCUAGUGCCCAUCCUUGGGCCUCAGUUUCUCGACUUUCUCUUGGCGUCUGCUAGCACUCUCGAGACACUGCACUUAGACUCUUGGUUGCCCAGUGUCUGGGACGAGCCCGAAGAUAGACGGGUGCUGCUGCCCGCUCUUCGGCACAUGGUCAUGAUAUCACCAGUGGCAACCGUGACCUACACGAAAUUCUGUAAAUGGAUAGAAACGCCCGCUCUUGUCUCGCUGAGCCUGGAACAUAUUCCACCAAUGGCCGAACUUAACACGGCUUCGGAGGUGCUUGAAAUUCUAGAGUUGAUACUCUCGGCAGGAAGCGGGGGUCCUUGUGUUGCGUCCUCGCGUUCACUUGCGAUCACCUUGCAAGGAACGAACCUCUGCGUGUACACGGACGGUCCCAAAUUCGACCCCGAUCGCAUAGCCGACAUAUCCUCCGCGGAGUUUCGAGUUUCCUACGGACGCACUCGUCUGCACUGCACCGAUCCGUCGGGAAUAGAGCUUUUAUUCUGGAUGAGGGAUCCGGUUGAUAUUGGAGACCUCUUCCAUGCUGUUGCGGCACGAUACGCCAUUUGGCGCACGCGCGCAAACCUUCGUCCUUUGGAGACCAUCAGCUUUCAAUCGAAAGACUUGUUGUCCAUAAGCGCCAGGAAUAUGUUCGAAGGCCUAGAUGCAAUAGAGACCCUCCAUCUUUACUUGACACAGGAGGUUCGUGAGCGUUGGGGAACCAUCGGACCGGGCGAAGACGAGGAUCAUAGCGAAGGUAUUCUGCACGUUCUCGCCUCCCCUAAAGCAGAUGGGUCUUUCCUGCUGCCUCGCCUACGAUCGAUACCCUACGAGCACUCGGCGCUAUCCGUAGAACAACGCGACAGGAUGCAGAAACAGUUGGACCGCCUGGCUAAGGCGCGGGGGUCGCACGGGAUGACGGUCAGCAUAGACGAUCGGACUGCUGAUUGA